CUUGGUGAACUAACACGAACUGGAGGACCGGAAGAGUGUGAACGGUUUCGAGGCUGGGGUCGCCACGGAAAAGAAGCCAUUGCUGUUCACAGCCACGUGGAGUGGAGGGUUUGUUAAGCGAUAAGAGGGACACUAUGGACCCCCGGGGACCAGCCCCUCAGCCUUUCCAGCAGCGUGUUCGCCGUCGGAAGACUAGGCGGGAACGAAAUAUGGCUUUGGUGGGCAGCCAUCGGCCACUGGCCCGUCAGGAUCCUCCCAUGUCCAGACAGGAUCCAUCUAUGCUCCUCUGGGAUCCUAUGGCCCCUUCAGCCCCCAAGUUUGUAGUCAUAACCCAAGGCAGAUUGAGCCGGGAACACCGGGGUCUCUUCAACCAUGAAGUGAAAUCCUUGGAUGUGGCCCGGCUGCUUAAUAGUGGCUCCUUGGAACCAGACACCCUCCUGCCACCCUCCAAGUCCUCCUGUAGCCCAGGCAAAAUCCAAGAACCAGUCUUACCACCAAAAGGCAAGGAGAACCAGGUGCCUGGAGGCUCUGACGCAGGCCCACCCAAUUCCCCAGAGCCUCCUGAGUUGGGGCAACUGAUGGAGGACCUGCGAUGCCAGCUAAUUCUGCCACAAGCCUUCUCCAAGAGGAACCUGGUACAGGAGUCCAGAGAUACUAUCAUGGGAACGUUACAGGGGUGCCAUGGCUGUGUGCCUGAUCUUACCCUGGUGCUCCGAGGUUGCCAGCCAACCUUGCCAGAAACCAAGCCUAGGGUCCUGGAGAGACAAAGGAUGAUGCCCUCUUGGAUCAAUGUUCCUGAGCAUGCUCCAAGGGAGGGGAGGACUCAACAGGGGACAAAGGGGCUCACCUUCGCCAUGCCUCAUACUUCCAGCACCCCCUCUGCACACAGAGUCAGUCUGGUGCCACCUAUAGGUCAGAGACCACCACCCUUGCCCUCCUUAUCUUCACCAUCUGUGGCAUCUUGGGGUCCCCCAACUGCCUUUGACAUGCUGAAAAGCAUCUGGCUUAUAGCUACACCACCCCCUCUCCGCUCCUGGGAUGUCUGCCCACCUCAGCCACUACCUCAGCCACCAUCACCCUUGUUGCCCCGAACAUCUGCCUUAGAUUGGAGCCCUGCCCCCCCUGCCCCACUGCCUAGCCUCUCUUGGAUGGUGGCUCAAAGAAGUCCAGAGGCCUGGUCCUUCCCCCCCAUGAGACUGUACUGAGAGGACUGUGGCUAGUGCUGGGGGCAGGUAUCCCACACUCUAUGUCAUCUCAAUAAAGAAUCAUC